AUGGACGAGUAUAACGUCAAAGACGCAUGGCAACAGCCGAAGAGUCUUUGGCACAUCCGGAGCCGCAUUUCCAAUGCAUGCGAUAACUGCAAAGCACGUAAAACGAAGUGUGAUGGAAACUUACCCUGCGGUUGCUGUAUAGUUCGACGUCCGCCUGAGGGAUGCCGUUACUCCCCGCACCAACGACGGAAGAAGAAGGCGGAUAGGUUGGUGUCGGCAAAGGUCGACGGAAGUCUUGGUGGACGAACUCCUGGAGAUACAACAGCUGAUGGGAAAGGAUUUUCUUCUGAUAUGGCAUCGGUUGUAAUCGGAGAGAAACCUGUGGAAGAUGCCAUUGAGUCUUCCGCAGAAGACGAUACCGACGUGCCACUGGAGGCACGACUGCUGUGUGAUGACCAAGGCAAGCUGAUAUUUAUCGGGGAUCGUGCUCCGUGGUCGUUUUUCCAAUCAGUCAGGCAAUUGAUGACAUGUUGUUUGGGUCAACAUUCCUUUGCCCCAGAGACCAGUCACUUGGCCUUGGAAAACAUGCCUGCUGGGCAUGUAGCGGCGGCUCGAGGCAUUGGUAGAUGCAGAAAUCCACCUCCAACCAACGAUAUCGACACUGAAGCGGCUAUUGCGAACUAUCUAGUGGCAACGACCAGUCUGGUAGACUUAUUUGACAUCUCGAAACUGCUUGAGGACUUGCACCCGUGGGCAGCCAUGGAGCACAAGUCAGAUGAACUAGCAUCAAUCAACAAUUACCUUGUUCUCGCUAUUGGGACCCCGAGAAACUUGCGGAUUUGGCUCCCCCGCUCCAGCAAAUCGCGCGACGUCGCGCGACCCUUGGGUGAGCUGGGUGAGCCCUGUAGGUGUGUGUCGCGCGGCUGA